AUGGCUCGACGUAAGGUUUAUGAGGGUCGCCGGAUAUGUGUACGCAAGGCUCCGAGAGAUCACACCCUCAUUGGUCUUUGUGUGAUGUACUGCGGCACUGGCUACCGCGGGCUGCAGCUGCAAACACACGGACCCACACAUCACACCGUCGAAGGGGUUGUCGUGCAGGCACUGAAAGAUAUUGGCAUUAUUGAUGCCCUCGAGCGUGGACGAGUGAUGGGGGAUGCACAUCACUUUGCACGUUCCUGCCGUACCGAUAGAGGUGUUCACGCUGUGCGAAAUAUCAUCUCUCUUUUUGUAUCAACAGAAAAGCUGGAGGCGUUAGGAGGAUGUGAAGAAUUGGCGGAUAAAAUAAAUGCUGUGCUGCCAUUAACGGUGCGUGUGGCUCGGGUUUCACCUCUUAUGGGGAAUUUUAUCCCUCGUUUUUGUUGUAAUCGACGUGUCUAUCGCUAUUUAAUUCCAGCCUACGCAUUACUGCUGCCUUGUGAUACCUGGAAGACUUUAUAUGAAAAGUUCCCACAAGCCGCAGACUCCCUUCGUCGCCGUGCGGAGAAUUCUUCCACUUUUGAUCUUCACUUGGAUGAUACAGAAACAUGGAUGGCGACUCUUGCAGCUUCUGUAACACGUGGAAAUGAACUUUUACAAAAGUAUGUGGUUGGUACCCAUCGUUUUCAUAAUUUUUCUGUUGAGAUGUUUCAAAGAGGAGGAGCUGUGAUGAAUCGAAAGGCUAUUUUACCCAAUAGUAAUGAGGCUGUACGUACUGUAUCUCGUUGUGAAAUUGCCCCUCGUGUGUUUUUACUUCCACAAAAUGUAAUGGGUCCAACCAUGAUGGAGUAUCAAGAUGGAUUAAAGAUUAUUUCUGAAACAGAGAAAGUAUCGGAUACCACCACGACAAGUGAUAUUAUGCAUAGUAAUGGUAAUACUAUAGAUGGAGUGAUGGAUCAUCAAAUUACAGAGUGUUAUGGUUUACCUAGUGAUGUUCCACUUCCUUUUGUAGUAUUUCAGAUAGAAGGGAAUUCGUUUCUUUUUAAUAUGAUACGCAAAAUAGUUGGAAUGACAUUAGCAGUUCUUCGGGGGGCUAGAGAAACAUUAUUUGAAGAGUCCCUUUCACCUGAACGUCGUCUUUCAUGCCCACUUGCCCCUGGACCCUAUUUAUAUCUCUAUCUUUCCUCCUAUCAAUUGUAUGAUCGUGUCGUACGUAAUAGUAGUUCUCUUCGUUUUCAUGCACUAGAGGAUGAGUGGAGUGGUAUUGUAUCGGAGAAAGCCUCUCAGUUUGCUACUACUGCCGUCGCUGCAGACAUUGUAGAUCUUGAUCUUAACCGUACACCAUCUGCAGAUACUCUUCUCGCCGCACGUGAUAAGGCACGUCGUAUCACACGGCCAUCGUGGGAGACGGAAGAUUCGCAUCUCAACACACUGAAGGAAUAUCACCCCGUCACUGCUGGACGACAUCCGGUCUGUUCGGAGAUGACUGCCUUCUUGCGUUCUCUGCGUGUGCAUAACUGGUCUGUCGAAACUGUCAAGAAGACUAUUGGUAAGGAGAAAAGUGCAACUUUAGAGAAGGUAGAAAAGGAAGAAGAAGAAGGAAAGAAUAAUAAUAAUGAUAAUGAGGGUAACAAGGAAGGAAAGGAAAUGAAAAAUGUAGGCGAGACUGUGGGAGAAGGAGACGGUGAUAAUAAUAAUGAUAAUGAUGAUGAUAAUAAUACGUUGAAGCUUAAGAAAUCACGUCUUGAAACAGGUGAGGCCAUAUCUUGUAAAGAUAGCAGCGUUAUAGAUGUUCAACAAGAAUCGAAUAAUAACAAAAUUAACGAUAAGGAUGAGAAGAAUGAUGAUAUCGACGAUGGGUGGCUCUACGUUGCCCCAACAGAGGAAGAAGAAAAGAGUAAACGUCGUGAUUAUCUACAGAACCGCGAGAGGCGGUCUCGUGCGUGGGAAUAUAAAAUCAAUAAUACAAAUUCGAAAUCAGAAGAUUGGAAUAAUGAUGAUGGUGGUAGCGAGUAA